AUGGCUGCAUUUGGAGCCAACCUGGACUUGAUCCAUAGUCCCUCUGGCAAGAUCACACCGACCCUCAUUCCUUCCAUGAUCCGUCACGCAGAGGAGGUUUCUAGAUCAGAUGGGUAUUACUUUACCAACCAAUUUAAGAACCGAGACGCUCUCGCCGGGUACGAGACUAUUGGCCGUGAACUGGUUCAGCAGGUUCCUGAGAUUGAUGCGUUCUGUGGUGCUGUUGGGACGGCGGGGAUGGUUAUGGGUGUUGCACGAGUUCCGAAGGCAAAACGGCCGGAGACUCUUAUUUCUGUUCUUGAGCCGGCUUUUUCACCCACAAUUACUCAGGGUCGUCCUGGGACUCACCAUGUUGAGGGAAUUGGGAUUGGGAUUAUCCCGCCUUUGCUCGAUCGACAGCUCUAUGAUGAGGCGCUUGCGAUUUCAGAGGAUGAGGGACGGCGUAUGUGCCGCCGGCUGGCUAGGCAAGAAGGACUGCUAGUCGGGACGUCAACCGGCCUUAAUGUUGUGGCUGCGAUUAAACUAGCGAGGAAGCUAGGUUCCGGGAAAACAGUCGUUACCGUAGCGGCGGAUACGGGUCUUAAAUAUUUGAUGGGAGACUUGUUCACUGAUGAGUAA